AUAGCUGUGGGUUGUGGGUUUCCUUGGAAAGUUUCUUGAAUUCGUUAUCUCAUGUUCUACCACAGACACGAUAUUUAUCACUCACUUAGCCCUAUUUUAGUCACCUGUUCUUGUUGUUAUGUCAUUUGCCUCUAACGGAGUGGCGAAUCCAAAGGUUGCGUCUCAAGCAGAAGGGGCAGGAGAAAUUGCGAGCCAAAGUGACGACAAAAUGAUUAAUGUUGUGCGAGGAAACAACGUGCGGGCCUACGUGACCGUGGUAGUGUUAUUUAUCAUCAAUCUUCUGAAUUAUAUGGACCGACAGACUGUAGCAGGCCUUCUAGAUGGCAUCCAAAGUUAUUUUGAUAUACAAGACAACAAUUCAGCAGCUGGCUUGCUGCAAACUGUCUUCAUCUGUAGCUAUAUGGUUCUUGCUCCAGUGUUUGGUUAUCUUGGAGAUCGUUACAGGAGGAAGUAUCUUAUGGCAGCUGGAAUACUUGUUUGGUCUGGGACUGUUUUUGCCAGCACUAUGCUGAGCAAAGAUUCUUUUUGGUGGUUCCUUGUCCUAAGAGGUGUAGUUGGAAUAGGAGAGGCCAGUUAUUCUACAAUAGCACCCACUGUCAUUGCUGAUCUGUUCACUGGAGAUAUGAGGACAAGGAUGUUGUCAUUCUUUUAUUUUGCUAUUCCUGUGGGAAGUGGGCUUGGUUACAUAGUUGGAACUGAGGUUGCUGCUCUGUUUGGCCAUCAGUGGCAAUGGGGACUACGAGUGACCCCCAUCAUAGGUGCAGUGUGUGUUUUCCUGUGCAUAUUUGUAGUUCAUGAACCAAAAAGGGGUGCCAUAGAAAGAGGAGAGAACCCUCAUGGUGUCUCAGCUUCUGAUGUUCAUAACACAACCAGCUGGUGGGCAGACCUCAAGUAUCUUACAACAGUGAAAAGCUUUAUUUGGCUGAAUUUGGGAUUUACUUGUGUUUCAUUUGUGACUGGUGCCCUAGCAUUUUGGGCACCAAAAUUCUUGCUCUAUGCAACAAGAGCACAAGGAAUUUCAGAAACAGAAUCAGAGGUUAGCUUAAAGGUUGGAAUUAUUACCUGUGUUGCUGGUAUUGUAGGAGUUUGGCUUGGCGCAGAGAUUGCUUGGCGGUAUAGAACACGAAAUAGAAAAGCUGAUGCUUUAGUAUGUGCUGUUGCAUUAAUUGGGUCAGCACCUUUCCUCUAUGGUUGUCUUGUGCUAGCAUCUACAAACAUCAAAGUUACAUAUGCCCUUAUAUUCUUCGGUGAAGUUUUACUUUUCAUGAACUGGGCACCAGUAGGAGACAUGGUUUUGUAUAUAAUAAUACCUUCACGUCGAUCCACCGCUGAAGCUGCUCAGAUUCUUGUUUCUCACUUGUUUGGUGAUGCAGGCAGCCCAUGGCUUGUUGGAGAGAUUUCUGAUCGUAUCAGAGGUGCAGGGAGUAGUGACAAAGAUCGUGCACAAAGCAUGGAAUAUUCUCUUUUGAUGUCAACCUUUAUCAGUGUUAUUGGAGGAUUCUGUUUCAUAAUGUGCUCAAUUUAUCUAGUUGAUGAUCGGGAAAAAGCAGAGCAGGUUACCAGAAAUGAAGAUGAGGAUACUAAUUCAUUGUUAAACACAGUCCCCUCAGAUGACUUUCUUCAAGCUGGUCAUGAAAAUGGAGCUGUGGACAAUUGUAGUGAUUACGAUGAUGAUAAUGAUGAUGAUGAUGAACUGUUGGAUGACGAGCCAAUCUCGCCUGCAAUGUCUGAAAGAGAAGCAUUGGUUGUCCCAGUGGAUGUGCAUGGUACACCACCAACAGCUGAGGAAGAACACAACUUCAAAGUUGUCUGAUUUAUAAUUAAAUAUUAGUUUUUUUACAAUUUAUAAUUAUUCUUUUUUUUUAAUGAAAAAUGGUUGAAAGUGUAAUUUCUCUAAGCAAUUUUUCUGAUUUGCAGUUUCCUCCUAAUCUUGAACAGACAUACAGGACAUAAAAAAUGUUCUGCUUUGAGGGAAUGUUUUACAAUUUGCUCACGUGUGAGUGUAAGGACAAUACACAAUGAGUUGUGUAAAAAUCAUAGCUCUGCUGAGACAAGAAAAAGUUGCUCAGAAUGGUGACCCAGAAUCCAAAUUGUAAGUCAUUUUCCUCAUUUUCUUUAAACAAAUCCAUCUUCAGCAAGGAAAAAGUACUUGCUGUCCAUAUGAAAACAAUUUUUUGGGGGAGGCAGAGGAGAUAGUUGUACAGACAUUUCCUUAUACAGGUUGAAUUAUUGAAACAUGAAAAGCUUAAUAUAUAUAUUGUUUUGGUUGAGAUUGUUUGGGGUUAUCACUGACAUCAACAACACUAUGAUAAUCUCAGUGUCCAUUCAUGCAUUAUUACAAAUAAUCCUCAGCAGGGCCAGGGGAAGGGAUAUAUACAAUUACCUAUCAGUGACAUAGGAAAAUGUUUUUGUAACCAGUACCAUACUAACUGAGUUCAAGGUCUUAACCACUGUAAGUUAAGGACUGAGUUUUCUCCACAUGGAUUUAUGGUCUAAACACAAAGCAUAUGGGCCAUAAAUUAGAAUGGAAAAAACCAAGGUACAGUGGGGACUGAGAAAACGAAGUUGGUUUGAUAUUAUAUCUCUGAGUUUAAAAAAAGGGAAAAGAUUUCAAAAAUGAUUGGAAAUACAUUCCACUAAUUCAACCAAUCAUAGUUGACAACCAGUGUCAUAUUUUAGUGGCAAGAUUAACUGCAAAAUGGUUUAUCUUGCCAGGUAUCCUUUUUUUUUUCAGGCUUGUUCAAUGACUGAUAUAAAAAAGUAGUAUACAUGUGAUGAUAAAAUUUUUAGACUGUUAAAUAAAUGUGAAAAAAGCAUAAUUAUUUUAUUUAAAAAAUCUUUUUAUCUGUACAUUCAAUCAUUUUCAAUUGUAAGGUCUGCAACAUUGAAAAACUCAAAACUUAAUGGUACAGUUAAUACUGUAGUUACAAAAUAAAGGUACAUGAUAGACACGUUUAAUAACAAGCAGUUGACCUUCUAGACUAUGUACAUUCAUCAUCAUAUACCUUGAUCACAAACCAAUAAAAUGUUGAUAGCUUGAAAA